AUGUUCUCCAGUCGAAAUCCUUUCGAUAGACUCGCCGCGUUGAGACGUCAGGCCUCUACGAAAACAACACCUUUGGGGUACAAGCCAGCAGCACCUUCGUUGAAGACGAACCCUACCGCUCCUCCCACGGGCUUCGCAGCAAUUGGCAGCUACAAUACGAUUGCUAGAAGGUGGACUGCUAUUAUAGUUGGUAUUCCCUUCGUGGUGGUCACAAGCUACGUACUGUACCAACGAGUGGUCCUCGGACAAGAACAGAAGCCUCUAAUAGCUCCACCAGAGGGGCCUCUUGUCGCGAAACAUGACUGA